CAGUUAGCGUCGCAGCGCGGGCCAGGGCGGAGGUACAUGAUGCCGCGUCCGUCUGCCAGGCUUCUUGCUUCUUCUUCUUCUCCUUCUUCUUCUUCUUUUUCUUCUUCGUCUUCUUCUUCUUCUUUUUCUUCUUCUAAUUCUUAUUUUUCUUCUGGUUCUAUUUCUUCUAAUUCUUCUGUUUCUUCAUCUUCUUCUUCUUUUAUUCUUUCUUCUGCUUCUUCUUCUAUUCCUUCUUCUGCUUCCUCUUCUACUUAUAAUUCAUCUAUUUCUCCUUCUUCUUCAAUUUCUUCUUCUUCUCUCCACAGUUAUACGUCCUCUUCUCCGCUCUCCAUUUUAUUUCCUCCAUCACCCUACACUUCCUUCUUUUCCUCCUCCUCCCCUUCUUCCUUUUCCUCCUCUUCUUCUUCUUCUUUCUCCCCUAUUUUCGUCUCGCUUGGAUAUCUCUUCCUCUUUCUCCUCUUGGUGAUAUUCCCCGCCAGCGCUCACCCGAAUGACCUGCCGAGUCUGACCUGGGGAGCCGGAGAUGACCUGAUGACUGAUGUGAAGGUGAGCCCCCCCUGCGCCGACGCCGCCGCCAUCUUCCCGUGCCGAUGCUCCAACACGUCUGCGGGAAUCGUGACGCUGAGCUGUGACGGGGUGACGGAGGCGAGCGUGGCGACGAGGGCGCUGGAGACUGACGGCUACGGCGCCAAUCCCCUGGGGGCGUUCCACCUGCGCUACGGCACCGUCGCCGCCGUCGCCGCUGACUUUUUCGGAGCGAGAUCCUUCGAGGAGAUCCUGUUGCACCACAACCGCCUCGAAGCAGUGGAGGCGCUUUCCCUCGAGGCCAUGAAGGAGGACUUGGUUACACUCAACCUUAACAACAACCGACUCACGCAACUGCUUUUAACGCAGCUGGUGGGCUUCAACAAACUGACAUCCUACGGUCAGUCAGGCAACCUCCUGACGGAUCUGACGGCCAUGGCUGAGCUGACGACGCCGCUGCCGAGCCUGAAGAACCUCGAGCUGGCGGGAAACCUCAUCGGAAACCUCCCGGCGCAGGUGUUUCAAGGCGUGCCGGAGGUUCAGACCAUCGACUUGUCCUUCAAUAAUAUCAGCUACAUCCACGAAAACGCUUUCCUUGGCCUGACGAAGCUGAACCAGAUCAACCUCGAAGGGAAUCGCCUCAACUACUUAGGAUCUCCGGAAGUAGGCAGGAUCGUCCUUUAUAACGAGGUCGGCUUCCUGAGUCUCAAAGAUAGUGGCAUCGAGGUUCUUGAGUCUGGCUUCGUCCAAGGCCUCGGUGACCGCUCCGGCCUCUCUCUCUCGAGGAACCCGAUACUGCGCUUCCCCGAGGAGGUCUUCGGCGACCUCCUGAGGAGCAUCACCGUCUCGGACAUCCCGUACAAGACGGGGAUCGAUUUUUACUACAACUUCAUCCAGUGUGACUGCGAUUUCCUGUGGCUCGCUAAGGACAGGUGGCUGAACGUCCACGUCUACGGAGGGUUCUGUGGGCCGAGGAACGACGACUGGAAGCAGUGGGUGAGUCUCCACAGCGUCGACGCGGAGGAACUGGAGAAAAACUGCUCGUCCUUGAACACCCCAGAGCCUUCUGGUCCUCUGAGGGUGUGAGGGACGUUUGGGAAAAUAUUAGGGUGGAGGAAAAUUAAAGAUAAUUAAGAGAAUAUGAAGAGAAAAUUAUGGAAUAAAAAGGGAAUUGGAGAAGAACUGUUCUUCUUUGAACACUCCCAAGCCUCCUGGUCCUCUGAGGGUGAGGGAAUUUUGGGAAAAAUAUUAGAGUGUAAGAAAAUUAAAUAAAAUCAAGAGAAUAUUAUAGAAUGAAAAGGGAACUGGAGAAAAACUGUUCUUCUCUGAACAACUCCUGAGCCUCCUGGUUCUUUGAGGGUGUGAAGGACUUUUAGGAAACAUAGAAUAUAAGAAAAUUAAAGGAAUAUAAAGAGAGUGAUAUUUCUGUAGUACUUAAGAAUAUUAAAGAAUAAAAAAAGGGAGACAAACUAUUAUUUCCUUUGAGGGUGUGAAGGAAUUUUGAAGAAAUUAAGAAAGGGAAUUAAUGAUAAUGAAUAAUGAUAUUUCUGUAGGAUUUCAGAAACUUAAAAGAGAGAAAGAAAAGAGAGAAGAAUAAAAAAGGGAAUUAGAGAGAGACUGUUCUUCAAGAAUAUUUUUUAAAUUUAUUUUAUUAUUACUAUUUUGUUUUCUCAUUAUCUGUGUCCUUCACUCCUUCAGAAAUAUCAUUAUUAGGAAACUAGAAAGUAAGAAAAUAAGAGAAAUAAAAUAGAUAAUGAUUUUUCUAGGGGACGAAAGAAAAUUCAAUAAGAAAAUUGAAUUAAAAUAUAUAAAUUUCUGAAGGACUUGAGAAAACAAGUAAAACAAAGAAAAAGAAAAUUGUAAUAUAUAUAUAUAUUUUCUUUUUUUUUCUUUCUCUCUUUUUCUUUUUUUAAGGUCUAGAAAAGAAAUGAUAGAAAGGUAAUGAUAUUACUGAAAAAUUAAAAAGGA